AUGUUCAUCAUUAACUGAGUGAAUCUCAUUACGAAACUAAAGGCUAUAUACAGUGAUAUUGCCCCCUGAACAAGGCAGUUAUACACGCAUAAAUUACAAUGACAAUUUGUCUGUCUUGAAAAGACGUAGUGAUUGAUAGUGUGUAGUGGUACACUCGUCUGACUUGGUGAGGGCAGCCUCCCACUUGGUGACGGUGUGAAUGCGGGUGUGAAUGGUUGUCUGUCUCUCUGUGUGCCCUAUGACUGAUUGGCGACCAGUUCACGGCGUAUUCCCCCUUCCGCCCGAACUCAGCUGAGAUCGGUCCCCUUAACAACAACAGUGAAAGAACAGACUUUGGUAUAUAUCCAGCUGACAGACCAUCUUUGCCCUACAAAAUAAAAGCAAAAGUAUCACAUUCGGGAGGACGGGAGGGGCUACGAAAGUCCUAAACCAAUCAGCGCUUUUGUGUUGGCUUCCCAUUCUACGAGAAGCAGUACACUUCAUCCACGGGUGUCAGUCAGGACGCGCUGUGUCCAUCGGUGGCUGUCUCGCGCGAGCGGUUAGAACUACUAACCAUAAACACUGUUCGCAAGUCACGAUAUAUCAUGAAGAAUUUUACAGCUUGUAAAGGUGGCGGCGCAGACCUCUCGCUCUGACAUCGAUUUUGCCACCGGAAGAGAGUGCUCGCAUUGCAAGCGAGCUAGCAAGGGUAGCCAUUGCAUGCCGUCGUUUUUCCUCCACCGCUGACCUCACAACUACACGCCGUCACAGAGGUGCAGAGAGUAUUGGUAGCGGGGCUUCUGUUGGCCCCUCUCUUCAGCCCGGCUCCAGUUGUCUCCCGCGUGGUUGCCCGUUGACGGUUCCCGAAUAUGAGACAUAAUGAGUCAAAGAGAUACCCUAGUUCAUCUGUUUGCAGGAGGAUGUGGCGGCACAGUAGGUGCCAUAUUGACUUGCCCACUGGAAGUAGUGAAGACGCGUCUGCAGUCAUCAUCCAUCAGUCUCUAUGUUUCUGAGGUUCAGCUGAGUACCGUGAAUGGGGCCAGUGUGGCCCGGAUGUCUCCACCAGGUCCCCUGCACUGCCUCAAAUUAAUAUUAGAGAAGGAAGGACCCCGCUCACUCUUCAGAGGCUUGGGACCAAACCUGGUGGGUGUGGCACCGUCCAGAGCCAUCUACUUCGCUGCUUACUCCACAGCCAAAGAGAAAUUGAACAAUGUGCUGGAACCUGACUCCACACAGGUUCACAUGGUAUCAGCUGGAAUGGCAGGUUUUACAGCCAUUACAGCAACCAAUCCAAUAUGGCUUAUAAAGACUCGUCUCCAGCUGGAUGCCAGAAAUCGAGGGGAGCGUCGGAUGAGUGCAUUUGAAUGUGUGCGGCGGGUGUAUCAGUCGGAUGGCCUCCGAGGCUUUUACAGGGGCAUGUCAGCGUCUUAUGCCGGCAUCUCAGAGACUGUGAUCCACUUUGUUAUCUAUGAAAACAUCAAACGGCGGCUCCUGGAGGCCAAAGCCCCCCAGAACGUGGACGAUCAAGAGGAGGUAUCCAAGGACGCUUCAGACUUUGUGGGGAUGAUGCUUGCCGCCGCCACUUCCAAGACAUGUGCCACAUCCAUUGCUUAUCCUCAUGAAGUGAUCCGCACACGGCUACGUGAGGAGGGCAGCAAAUAUCGCUCCUUCUUCCAGACUUUAACAACAGUUCCCAAAGAGGAGGGAUUUCGCGCGCUGUACCGCGGCCUCACCACCCACUUGGUACGACAGAUCCCCAACACCGCCAUCAUGAUGUGCACCUACGAGAUGGUGGUCUACAUCCUGAACGGUUAACGUGUUCGCUCCUUUACUAGAACUCAUCCUUGUAUUCCAGCCAUUGUUCAGUGUUGAAAAGACGGGGGAAAAAAAAACCCACAAAAAAAAAAGCAAAAAAAAAGCAAGACCUACUGAUAAGCUGCAACAAAGGCUCAUGAGAUGACUGAGGCAGCAUCGCGACAGUGUCUUAGUGAUGAUUUUACGUGGCAUGUUUUCUUUGAUCACUAAAGGCACAAGGAAGUUUGAAUGAUACCAAUGGUGAUUUUUGGGGGUCUUACAAUUCUAACCAGCCCUCCCUCAUCCAUGACUAUUGAUACUACUCCCACUGCCACAGUACUAAUUUUGAAAAUUGUAGUUGCACUUCGAAGUAAUACUGCUUACUGACUGACAUUUUCAUGUCCAGAUCGCCGAUCUAUUCUUUGUGCCGUCAAAUUCAAAAUGAAGCAAUUUGGAGUAACGUGUAGUUGGAGAGGAAUGUGCCUUGGGUAAAGCGACACGACGUAAAUUAGGAUGCACAUGUGCUUGUAGUUCAGAUUGUGAAAUAAUUUCAUUGCACACAGGUAUUGUGAAGGUUCGGGCCCUUUAGGAAACUUUGGUUUCGUUGUGAAUAUACAUGAGCGUCGACUUGGGUUUUGCAACCACCUGAUCCCUCUUUCUCCUGCUCUUCAUGCAUUUCGAACUCUCUCAUCCGUACAUAAAAGCAGAAUGAAACUCGCUCAUUAUGCUUGAAUUAGAGUACAUAACUAAUAAUAUCCAUCGCUAUCCUGUGUGUUUGAACCACCAAAUGAAACCACAUCACUUGGCCUGCUUUGUAUUUGCUGGAAUGUAAAUAUGCAGGUUUAAGGAAGUGAAACACUGGCCCUGGUUUUUAAAAAUAAAUAUUCAUGAAUUAACUAGUUUUAACAAAUUGCAAUGUUGAUACGGCUGAAAUAAUAUAAAGCAAUUUGUUUGACUGGUAAGGUAAAUGAAACUGUCAUUCAUCUUUAUUGGAGAGAGAGCAUUUGCUCCCUUGUGAAAAUUUGAUUUCCCUACCUAUAUUCAUGAUGUCUCGCAAUGUUUGUUUUUUUUUCUUUUUCUUGGAUUUGCGUUCGCUUUUUCCUCAUUUUGAAAAUCCAAACUCGUUGAGGACAAUCCUGUCAGUUUUCGCCUGGAAAUUUGAGGGUCAGUUAGUGUAGAUGAGUUACAAAGUAAUAUAACUGUCUUAAGCGCACAAUAAUAAAUACACAUUAUAAUUGUUGAGCUGUCGUUUUAUACAUUCUACUUAUGUGAAGUCCAUUGCUGAUUAUAUAUACUGUGUGUGUGUGUGUGUAUGUAUGUAUGUAUGUGUGUGUGUGUGUGUGUAUAUAUAUAUAUAAUCUCAAACAAUAUUUCUCACCUGUUAACAAAGAUUUACUGUUGCCGUGUCAACUUUUGUCACCAGCUGUAGCCCUUGGCCUAAAUUCACAAUGAACACAACCAGUAAAUUGAAUUGUCCAUUUUUGCUGUGAUUGGUCACCUUCAUUGACCCAUUCUAAUGAGCUAACCUCAGUGAAAGGGCAAUAUUGGCCUCCUCCUUGAAAGCAUUUUGACAGGCACAAGGCAGUUGGGUGAGCGUGCUCAAAGCUGGUCAGUCAGACUAGACGAUCUAAUGUACGCAGGUUGGCUGAGUUAAUUUUAACAAACCUUGAAAAUGGUGGUUGGCUCACCCGCGUCCCCCCCCAAAAAAAUGAUGUUGAAAGCUGUCUGAAAUUGACAAGUCAAAGUGAUAUGCAUUACCCAGUGCCACAAAGAAUAUAAUCCUUUAUCUUUCAAAGAAAUUAACCAGAACUGGAAAUAUAUUAAUACGAGUAUGCAUCUUUUUCAACUAUAUUGUACAAUAUUGUGUCUGCCUGCUGUUCAUGUAGUCUCCCAUUCAUUCAGUGGUCAUUGUUUUGCACCCAUGUUUGCAUCGUGCGCUUGUGAAUGUAUGCAUUGUGUGUGCUUGCCUAAAUGACAGUCUGAUGUGAUUCAGUCGUGUCCUGAGCGCAAGAGACGAGGAAUUAUGUAUGCACUCGAAAUGCAGGUUUUUAUCUUUUUAAAUAAAUGGUUGCCUUUUUCCUGCUGCCCCUUUUCCAUGUUGUCGUUGAUGAGCAAACUGAAAGUGUGGCCCUGUCUAUGCAUUUUCAUAACUUGUUUUGUUGAACAAGUGAGUCAUUAAUUAAACUGGAAAGAGUGCAAAUACAA